AGCAGAACCUGCGGACUGUUUUUGGAUUUCACAGAGAAUCUUUAAUCACCUGUGGCUCUGCGUGUCUCACUCCCUGAGUCAGAAACACUGAGGGAGAGAGGGGAAAAAGCCCGAUGGGUCGCGUGCAGGAGGAGAAGCAGCAGCACCUCCAUCACAAACACGAGCGUCUCGAGCCGCUCCGUCUCCGUCCGGGAGGUGCGCGGAGGACGAGCUGAUUCUGCGGAGUUCCAGGAGGAGGAGCAGGAGGAGGAGGAGGAGAAGUGGAAGACGGAGGUGGAAAUCCCGCGAGAGAAAAGCAGCAGAAGAAAAAACGCACAGAAAGGCGUUGGGAGAGCAGAGAAGGAAGCCGCACGUGAGGCGCGCGAGCCCCCCGCGGGGAGAAACGGGAGUAAUCUUUCCUCAUUUUUGAUUCUUCUCCGCACACAGAGCCGGAUGAACGGGCUCUCCGGAAAAAGUCUGCCCAGAUGAAUCCCAUGACGCAGCUGUACUACAAGAAGGCGACCUAUUCGCCGUACCGAGACCGCAUCCCGCUUCAGAUCGUCCGAGCUGAAGUGGAGCUGUCUGCAGAGGAGCGGGCAUACCUCACUGCUGUAGAGAAAGGUGACUAUGCAGGAGUCAAACACGCCCUCCGCGAGGCCGAGGUCUACUACAACAUGGACGUGAACUGUCUGGACCCGCUGGGCCGCAGCGCGCUGCUCAUCGCCAUCGAGAACGAGAACCUGGAGAUCAUGGAGCUCCUCUUGGACCACGGCAUCCACACGGGCGACGCCCUGCUGUACGCCAUCAGAAAGGAGGUGGUGGGCGCCGUGGAGCUGCUGCUGUCCCACCGGAGGCCGAGUGGCGAGAAACAGGUUCCCUCCCUGAUGAUGGACAGCCAGUUCUCAGAGUUCACCCCUGACAUAACUCCCAUCAUGCUCGCUGCUCACACCAACAAUUACGAGAUCAUCAAGCUGCUAGUCCAGAGAAAAGUCACCAUCCCCAGACCGCACCAGAUCCGAUGCGACUGUGUCGAGUGUGUAUCCAGUUCAGAGGUCGACAGCCUUCGUCAUUCGCGGUCUCGACUCAACAUCUACAAGGCUCUGGCCUCGCCCUCCCUCAUCGCGCUGUCCAGUGAGGACCCCAUCUUGACGGCUUUCAGACUGGGCUGGGAGCUCAAAGAACUCAGCAAGGUGGAGAAUGAGUUUCGUCAAGAAUACGAGGAGCUGUCUCAGCAGUGCAAGCGUUUCGCCAAAGACCUCCUGGAUCAGGCCAGAAGCUCGAGAGAGCUGGAGACCAUCCUGAACCACAGGGACAAUGACCAGAGCGAGGAACUGGACCCCAGGCAGUGCCACGACUUGGCCAAGCUCAAACUCGCAAUCAAGUACCACCAGAAAGAGAUCUACCUGUUGGCACCAAAGAGCGCUCUGGGACGCUUCAUUAAGAAGCCCUUCAUCAAGUUCAUCUGCCACACGGCGUCCUACCUGACCUUCCUCUUCCUCCUGCUGCUGGCCUCGCAGCACAUCGCCCGCACCAACCUGCACAUGCAGGGACCCCCGCCCACCAUCGUGGAGUGGAUGAUUCUUCCCUGGGUGUUGGGCUUCAUCUGGGCAGAGAUCAAGGAGAUGUGGGACGGAGGAUUCACAGAGUACAUCCACGACUGGUGGAACCUCAUGGACUUUGCCAUGAACUCCCUCUACUUGGCCACCAUCUCUCUGAAAAUAGUGGCCUAUGUCAAGUAUAACUCGUCUCGUCCCAGGGAGGAGUGGGAGAUGUGGCACCCCACGCUGAUAGCCGAGGCUCUGUUCGCCAUCGCCAACAUAUUCAGCUCACUCCGGCUCAUCUCCCUCUUCACAGCCAACUCCCACCUCGGGCCUCUGCAGAUCUCCCUGGGGAGGAUGCUGCUGGACAUCCUCAAGUUCCUCUUCAUUUACUGUCUGGUUCUGUUGGCGUUUGCUAACGGGUUAAACCAGCUGUAUUUCUACUAUGAGACCAAGGCGUCAGAAGAACCAAACAACUGCAAAGGAAUCCGCUGUGAAAAGCAGAACAACGCCUUCUCCACGUUGUUCGAGACCCUCCAGUCCCUCUUCUGGUCCGUCUUCGGGCUGCUGAACCUGUACGUCACCAACGUGAAGGCUCGCCACGAGUUCACGGAGUUCGUCGGGGCGACGAUGUUCGGGACGUACAACGUCAUCUCGCUGGUGGUGCUGCUCAACAUGCUGAUCGCCAUGAUGAACAACUCCUACCAGCUCAUCGCUGACCACGCUGACAUCGAGUGGAAGUUUGCUCGCACCAAGCUCUGGAUGAGUUACUUUGACGAGGGCGGCACGCUGCCGCCUCCGUUCAACAUCAUCCCCAGCCCCAAGUCCAUCUGGUACCUGCUGAUGUGGCUCCACAACAAGCUGUGCAGGAGAGGCCAGCCGCCCGGGGAGAGCUCGCGCAAAUGUGAAAACCUCCGGGAGUUCACGGAGCGUCACGCUGACAGUCUGAUACAGAACCAGCAUUACCAGGAAGUGAUCCGGAACCUGGUGAAGAGGUAUGUGGCCGCCAUGAUUCGCAGCGCCAAAACAGACGAAGGACUGACAGAAGAGAACUUUAAGGAGCUGAAACAGGACAUCUCCAGUUUCCGCUACGAGGUGCUGGAUCUCCUCGGCAAUCGGCGUCCUCCACGGCGACACUACUCCUCCUCCAGCGAGACCACUAAAGAUGACGCCGCAGUGGCGUCGGAGGACGACAGCGAAUCGGGCGACGGCAGCGGAGGAGGAGUCGGGGUUCAGAAGUCCAAAAGCGUCACUUUCUCUAACACGGUGGAAGAUGAAAGGAGGUCCGGUCCGACGCUCGGCGUGUCUGCAUUGGUGCGCUCCAUUUCAGGGAUGACACGGAUAGACAGAGGGCAGGAGGGUCAGCUGGAGGAGGUGAUGGGGUGGGGGGAGGAGGAGGAGGAAGAGGAGGGGAAACCAAAGAGCAACGGGCUGAAGACGAGCGUCGUCCCCCCGCCCUCCACCACCAUCCUCCCCUCGUCGUCUUCGUCGUUCUCCACGUUCUCGUCGUCGCUCGCUCGCACGAAGAACCGCCUGCAGCGCCUGUCGGCCCCGAGCGCGAAGACGGACUCCUUCAAACGCCUCUCCUACCUGUUCUCGCGCUCCAAACGCAAAGCCCCGCCCACGCCACUCCCCCUCCAGUCCCCGUCUUCCUUCACCAUCUCCGAUGGGUUGCUCCGGCCGCUGGGGGGCCACGGCCGCUCCGACUUUGGACUCAGCGACGUCACCAGAAGCGACUCCAACCUGAACGAGGUGGGCCGCUCGGUGGACAGCCCGUCGUUCUCGAGGACGAACGGGCGGGACUCGCUCAUGGCGCUGCCCCUCCCGCCCCCCUGCCCCUGCCAAUCCCUGCACUGUGCUUCCAAUAUGUCCGAGUCCAGCGCGCGCCUCCUGGACUCCAGCGAGGACGUUUUCCAGAGCGAAGGCGUGGGACGGGUGGACCAGGGUGGCGUGGACCGGGACGGAGGAGGAGGGUUGAUGAUGAUGAUGGGCGGGUGGUUGGGACCCUGUGAGGACGUCUUAGGGGACAGCUGUGACGUCUUAGAGGACUCUGUCACCACGCAGCUAUAGGAAACAGCAAAAACUGCAUUUUGUUUGAGGUUUUUUUCUGUUUACUGGAAUCUUUACCAAGAAGGUGUGAUACAGAGAGAGAGGAGCAAGAGUCCAACGUUUUCUACGGCUUUUCACAGAAUAAAUCUGGGAUUUUUCUGACGUAGAUCCUGAUGUGGCGGAUGUUUAUGGAGACCGUUUGACACCUACUGUGAAUUUUCAGACCAUACGGAACUAAUGUUUGCACUUUCAUUGGUUUAAAAACUACUCAAGGGCUUGUUCAAGUUGGUCUGUGGGGUGCCUCGCUGCAGAGCAGGGAAUCUAAAUUUCAGUUUAGGAUUAACUGGAAUGUAAAGUUUUCCCGGUCGUCUGAGUUUCACACAAGAUAAAUGAAAACAAAAAAACGUGUGCAACACAAACGCAACUGAAGGAAAUUAAAUGAUGUCACUCAAAAAGUUUUACUUUCAAACACAAGUCUGUGGCUCCAGGUUGAAAUCUAACAUACAAGAAGUGUUUGUGGUAAAUUCAGUGUAUUUAUUAUUCAUAAUCAACAAAUUCAAACCAAAACAUCAGGCCCCAAUAGUUAUACAUCCCCAAGUCCAAUGAAGUCUGGCUGUUGUGUAAAAGUGCACCAAUAACUGGACGGCCAAUUUAUCGACUCAAUUUUGGGAGAUCAGAGAUUGGCCAAUGUUUAGAUAAGACCAGUGGAAAAAAUCAGUUCAAAGGUCUAAAAUCAGCCUCUGUCUCCUUUUUGCUCUGCUGUGAACUCUGAUGUCCAGUAAAAACAAGUUUGUAUUGUUUCAAGGGUUUUGUUCAAUAUUUUUCAAUAUGAUUGGAACACUGAAGGUCUAUUGUAACCUUAUAACACCUGACAGUGUCAGCUAUUUAAAAAAAUUGGACAAAAUUCGUAUCGGCUGGUCGGACUUUUUAAAGAUCUGUGAUCGGCUAGAAAACUGCAAUCGGAGCACCCCUUGUAAAAUAAAUAAAAACAGAAUACGAUGAUUUUCUAAUCCUUUUUAACCUAUAUUCAAUUGAUUUCACAAGACAAAAUAUUUAAUGUUCAAACAGAUAAACUUUAUUAUUAUUAUGUUUAAACUCACCUUGAAUUUGAUGCCUGCAGCACAUUCCAUAAAAGCUGGGACAGGGGUCAGAUCCAUUACAGAAUGUUUCUAAUGCAGGACUGCUUGAGGGGUCAAAGGUCACGGGCAUUCAAAGCCGGGUUCCCACCAAACGCGUUUGUUGCAGCCAAAUUGGUCCUGAUGCAUGCGUUUGGCUGCUUGUCAGUAGCUGUCCGUCCACAGCGUCUUUGUUCUUUUUCCAGUCGGUUGACGUUUGAAAUAAAGAUAAAAUUUAUAAAAUAGCUUUGCUUUAUU